CAGCCAACCCAAAAAAGAAGUGAGUUAGAAGCACAGUUUUGUGCUUAAUUAGCCAUGGCUUCCACCUCCUUUGUUAGCUUACUGGUUCUCGUGGCCAUGGCCUCGGCGGCGUCGGCGCAGUUGUUGUCCACGUUUUACGACACGUCGUGCCCCGACGCCCUGUCCACUAUCAGGCGGGUCGUGACGGCCGCCGUGAGGAGCGAGCCCCGCAUGGGGGCGUCGCUGGUCCGGCUGCACUUCCACGACUGCUUUGUCGAUGGCUGUGACGGGUCUGUUCUGUUGGCUGACACCGGGAGCUUCGUCGGCGAGCAGGGGGCAGCUCCGAACGCCGGUUCCAUUCGAGGCAUGAACGUCAUCGACAACGCCAAGACUCAGGUGGAGGCCGUGUGCAAGCAGACCGUCUCUUGCGCCGACAUCCUCGCGGUCGCAGCCCGUGACUCCGUGAUCGCGCUUGGAGGGCCCUCUUGGACAGUUCCUUUGGGGAGGAGGGACUCCACCACCGCAAGCAAGACAAAUGCAGAAAACGACCUGCCUCCUCCUUCCUCCGAUCUCCAGGGCCUCACCACCAAGUUUAGCAACAAGGGCCUCAGCGUAACAGACAUGGUCGCUCUCUCAGGCGCCCACACUAUCGGCCAGUCGCAGUGCAAGAACUUCCGGGACAGGAUCUACAACGAUACCAACAUUGACACGGCCUUCGCGACCUCGCUUAAGGCAAACUGCCCGCAACCCACCGGCUCCAGCGACAGCAGCCUGGCGCCGCUGGACAGGACGAGCCCCAACGCGUUCGACAACGCCUAUUACAGCAACCUCCUUUCUCAGAAGGGGCUCCUUCACUCCGACCAGGUGCUGUUCAACGGCGGCAGCACCGACAACACCGUCAGGAGCUUCGCGUCAAACCCGGCGGCGUUCGGGAGCGCCUUCGCCACGGCCAUGGUGAACAUGGGCAACAUCGCGCCCAAGACGGGGACGCAGGGCCAGAUCAGGCUCAGCUGCUCCAAGGUGAACUCGUAAUUUCGGCGUCACCAAUGCUGGUGCUUUUCAUCAUGAAGAAAAUAAGGUCCUCGGCGGCCAGUACGUACCAGCACCAGCAUACUUGUAUACGUACGACGUGAAUGUGUGGUGGUUUUAUUGUACUGUACCCGUGCAUACUUGCACUCGUGCGUCCUCAUGUGUAUAAUGUGUAACGAAUUCUCGUGCGAAGGCACGGAGAAUUAAUUGCUUA